AACACAGAAGAUUCUGUGUUCCAAAACAGAACCAGUUUUAUUUUGAUGUUCUGUUUUAUGUAGUCAGUUCCUGUGAAAUUUUGGAAGCAAACAGUGGGGCGGCGGUGUAGUCGCUCGUUGAUGGUGUACAAAUUAAAGAAAUCAUAAAGUUUUUCUUGUUUACUGUGGGCCACGUACAGACCAAACAACGCAAUGCAGCGCGAAGAAAAACAACUUGAUAUGCUCUUGGAAGCAGUCUUGAAUAGACUAAAUGACUUGAAGCAUUCCAUCGGAGUGAUGAUACACAGACUGGAAACAGAAUAUGAAACCAUCAACUGGCCCACUUUCCUCGAUAAUUUUGCCCUGAUAUCUAGCCAUCUCACUGGUCUGAUGAAGAUUUUGAGCACUGAAAUAGGAACACCUCUGCGGAAUUUGACCGUACUGCCGUUAAUGCUUACGCCGGAAAGGGAUGAAGCUUUAUUGCAGUUAACCGAGGGUCGAGUGCCGAUAUUUUCCCACGAUCUUGCACCUGACUACUUACGAACCAAACCAGAUCCGGGAGCCGAAAGUAGGCAAGCAGCGCAUGAAGCGAAAGCUAACAAUCUAACCGUUGAGGCUAGCAUGAAACAGGUGGCCCAGUACAACAAGGUGAUAUCGCAUGUCUGGGACAUAAUCAGCAAGGCAAAGGAGGACUGGGAGAAUGAAUCAUCAACCCGGCCGGGGAUACAGCAAACUAGCUCGAUGGCCGAUACACAGGCGCUAGUGGCUGCUGUGGGUCUUGGCAACGGGUUAACCAACCCCGGUGGCAAUGCGGGAGGUGCGGGAGUUAUGAUACCACCGGCCAUUCGCCAGGGCUCUCCAAUGAGUGCUGUAUCCCCGUCCGGUGGUGCACCGAUGGGCAAAAUGCCGUCGGGUAUUAAAACUAAUAUUAAGUCCGCCAAUCAGGUACAUCCCUACCGCUAAAAUAAUAAAAUUAAAAUAUGACAAAUCU